AUGCCGCCAGAUUAUCUCGCGCGGCUACUCGUUCAGCCGCAUUGCCGUCACGAUGCUUCAGUCUGUCGAAACGACCCGCGCCGGCGCCGGCAUUGCCAGCGGCAUCAUCGAAUCUUUCUCGUCGCGUCGCUCGUCGCGCUCUGCGCGUCGUCCUCGCUGCCAGCGACGGUGCGCGCUGACUUCAUCCAGCCGCUGCCGGGGCUCGCCACGGCCGAUGACGUGGCGCUCGCUGAGAAGGCGGCGCUACUGUCGCUGGGGGCGGCGCUGGGCGGGCACGCGGCGUUCCGGUGGGCGGGGUGGGUGAACGCGUCGCAGGGGCUGUCGUACGAGCAGAGCAAGCCGUGCGUGCAGUUCUGGGAGUUCCUCUCCUGCGACUCGCACGGCCGCGUCUCCAGCAUCAACAUUGCCAACCCCACUUUAGCCGUCAUCAAUGCGUCGUGGGCCAAUCAGAAGACGCCAGGUGGCUUAAAGGGGUCGAUCCCCUGGGAUUCCCUCACGGCGCUGGAGCACCUGCAGGCCGUUGAUCUGUCGGGCAACUCCAUCUCUGGCCGUCCGUUCACUGCUGCCAUCUCCAAGUUCACCGGGCUCAGAGAAAUCCAGCUCUCCCGCAACGCCCUGGAUGCGCCUCUGGUGGACGAGCUUUCCGCACUCUUCAUCCUGCAGAAGCUCGACCUGAGUGUGCCCUUACUCAAACACGAUGAUUCCUCAUCAUCCCGUCAACCAUCCCCUAUCACCCAUCUCCCCAUCCCACCCAUCACCCCAUCCCCUCAUCACCCAUCCAUCACUCAUCCCUCCAUCAUCCAUCAUCCAUCACCCAUCGACCCAUCAACCCAUCACCCCAUCCUCCAUUCCCCAAUCUCCAUCCCCCCUUCCCCACCCUCCAUCCCCCAUUCCCCACGCCCAUCACCCCAUCCCCAAACCCAUCACCCAUCUCCAACCCCAUCACCCAUCCCUCUUCCCCCAUCCCCCAUCGCACCCAUUCCCCCAUCCCAUCCAUCCCCCCAUCCCACCCAUUCCCCCAUCCCAUCCAUCCCCCCAUCCCACCCAUCCCCCCAUCCCACCCAUUUCCCCAUCCCACUCAUUCCCCCCAUCACACCCAUUUCCCCAUCCCACCCAUUCCCCCCAUCCACCCAUCACCUCACCAGCGAGUUGGGCAGCAACACUUUCAGCGGCCCCCUGCCUGACAGCUGGAGCGCUCUCUCCAACCUGCACCUGCUCUGGAGCGCUCUCUCCAGCCUGCACCUGCUGUCAGUGCCGCCCCUCCCUCCUUCCCUGCCUCUUGUUCUGCCUCCCCAUAAGCGUCCCCACAUGUUGCCACCACAUGUGUGCUUCACCAUAAAUGUCAGUGCUUUUCCACUCGCUAUUCAUUACUCAGUUCUCCUCUCUUCUAUAGCUCGCCUCUUCAGCAUGGCGACCCCUCCUUCAGCAACACCCAGUAGUACUAGUAGUCCACCAACUGCAGCUCCUCAUGCUAGUUCUGUUGAGGAAACCAGCGCCGAUCUGGUUAUCCUGCACGAAACCCAUGCUCUGUACAAACAUUUCCUUGUGAAGGCCGGCGAUGACAGCGACCAUGCCACCAAGGUGUGCAAGUGGUGUCGCCACAAGUUUACGGGCGGUAUGUACCGCGCUGCUCAGCACAUCACCAGCUGGAAGAAUAUGCGGCGUCGUGAAGUCCGCAUCUGCAAGGAUGCUCCCAAGGCCGCUCGGGAUGGAGUGAAGGCACUCUACGAGACCAAGUCCAAGACCCGGGAGCAGAAGCGCGUCGCUGAAGUCUCGGCCAUUGCUGCAGUUUCCGGCGCUGCUGGCGAGUCGAAGAAGUCUCGCAUGACCGACUUCUACGGCGACGAGUCAGCCUGCAAGAAGAAUAGCGCCGACGAGUCGAUCUGCCUCGCGUUCGCCGCUCUGCGCCUCCCCGAACACCACGCGGACCACCCUGUUUGGCUCAACAUGGUCUCCUGCAUUGCGCGUGCGGGCGACGGCUACGUCGCACCGAGGCGUCGGUUCAUCGGUGGCGUCGGGCUCCAGAAAUGUCGUAAGCGCAUUGAGUCGGCGCUUGUUCCGAUCGCGGCGAGCUGGCGGCGGGAUGGUGUAACGGUGUCGAGCGACAUGAUGACUGACCGUAACCACCGUCCGCAGGCGAAUGUCCUUCUGAUCAACGACAGUGGCGCGGUCUUCGUGGAGUCUGUCGACACAAAGAUGGAACAGAAGACGGGAGGUUACAUCGCGUCGCUUCUCCGUCCCAUUCUCAAGAAACUCGGACCGGAAAACGUGGUGGCAUUUUGCAUGGACGGCGGCUCGAACUAUGCGGUGGCGUGCAGGGAGCUGAUGGAGGAUUACCCCCACAUUGAGCAUGUACCUUGUGCUACCCACGUCCUCGAUCUCAUGAUGGAGGACGUUGGGAAGAUGGACUGGGCGUCGAACCUCGUCUCCCGCGGGAACGAGAUCAUCACCUUCACGCGCAGCCACCACUUCACGCGGGGGUAUCUGCGCAGCCCCAUGGUCAAUGGCGGGAAGGGCAAGCAGGUCCUGAAACCCGCAGGCACUCGCUUUGGCACGCAAUUCAUCGCUAUUUCUCGCCUUUGCGAAGUCCGCCUUGCCCUCGUGCAGAUGGUUUUAGGCGAGGAAUGGGAGGGCUGGGCAGCAGGCGCAAGGAGUAAGAGCGCGGCCACUUUCCGCGAGCACAUCAUGGACGAGACUUGGUGGAAGACGGCCGAGUUCUUCACCAAGCUCAUGGCGAAGCCGUUCGCCGUCAUGCGGGCUACGGAUGCCACGACAAAGGGGAUGAUGGGGCGCCUCUACGACUCCAUGCUGCAGCUCACCGAGGACGUGGAUGACAUCCUUGAUAAGCACUAUGCGGGUUACCUGACGAGGGCGGAGGUUAAGGAGAUCCGCCUCAUCGUGAAGCACCGGUGGGACAAGUGCUUGGCGUGCCCCUUGCAUGUGGUUGGCAGGAUCUUGAAUCCCGCCAACCAAGAGGAGGGCAUCUUCAGGAACGACGUCGAAUGCACGCGCGUGCUGAAGGCCUACAUCGCCAAGCACUACGACCACCUCACCUUCACCGAUAGCGACGGCGAGGAGCGCCGUGCCUCCCUUGUGCUGCAGGAGGAGCUGACGGCGUACCUGACCCUGCAAGGAAGUUUCGGGCUGCCCACCGCCAUUGAAGACCGCGCGGCGGUGAAGGCGGGGAAGAUGACGGCCGUCCAGUGGUGGACUUGGCACGGCACGGAUGCGCCCCACCUUGCUACGUGCGCAAUCCGCAAUCUUUCGCAGCCGGUGUCCGCGUCGCCCUGUGAGCGCAAUUGGUCCAUGUGGGACGCGGUCCACACGGCAAGGCGCAACCGCCUCGGGUCCGAGAAGUGCAGGGACCUCGUAUAUGUUGCGCAUAACUGGUACAAGGUCCCUGAGGGGCAGGGGGUGGUCAACGGCAACAUUCCUGAGGCGCCACUUCCCGAGGGCUACAACGUGGAGGAGGAUGGGGACGAGGAGGAGGUUGGGGAGGAGGAGAGGAGGACAUGCGACCUGGCCAGUGCGGGGGUGCGCACCCCACCACCAGACUCAUGGGCAGCACUUUCAUCGCUGGAGUCCUUCCCCCUCCCCUUCUCGCUUUCUCCUCCCAGCGACCUAGCAAGUGCAGGAGUGCGCACCCCUCCACCAGACUCAUGGGCGGCGCUCUCAUCGCUGGAGCUCUUCUCUCAACUCCCUCCCUCCCCACUCUCCUCCCCUCCCCCCCUCUCAACUCCCCCCUCCCACUCCCCCCUCCCAGCGACCUAG